AUGGGCGCCGCCGCGUCCACCUCCCGCGGCGGGUCUCCGGCCGCGGACGCGACCGCGCGGCGGACGCGCGAGCGGUGCGUCGCGGUGUACGCGUGGGGGAGUCUCGGAGGCGACGACGUCGAGGGUGAGGAUGGGGAGAGAGGAGAGACGACCGCGGACGCCGACGCGGAAACCAAAACGUCGUCGUCGUCGUCGUCGUCGUCGUCGCGCGGCGGUCGACGCGCGCCUCGGCCGAUGCUCGCGUACGACGGCGAGGACGUCGCGCACGUCUCCGGGAACGCGCAUCACCACGGCGCCGUGACGACGCGAGGGGACGUGUUCACGUCCGGGCGCGACGCGCGCGGUCGGCUCGGCUUCGGCUUCGGCGGCGGCGGCGAGAACCAAAACCAAAACCAAAACCAAAACCAAAACCCCGACGACGGCGGCCGGUUCGUGCACCCGACGCGGCUGACGCGCGCGGGCGAGCACGGCGCCGGCGCCAUGCCGCGCGUCGCGUCGCUCGCGUGCGGCGAGAGCCACACGGUCGCGGUGACGCGAGCGGGCGAGCUCAUGUCGUGGGGGGACCCCGACGGCGGAAGACUCGGAAGAGGCGGCGACGACGGCGGCGACGGCGACGGAGGAGAGCGCUCAGGGUGCUUCUUCCCGGGGGUCCCGCGGUACGUGCUCGGCGUCAGAGACGUCCGGUUCGCGCGCGUGGCGUGCGGCGACGCGCACACGCUCGCGCUGACCGGCGGCGGCAAAGUGUAUAGUUUCGGAGUCGGCGCGCGCGGCGUCCUCGGUCACGGCGACGACGCGUCCUCCGUCGCGCCGCGCACCGUGCGCGCGCUGUGGCACGCGGGGAUCACGCAGGUGUCCGCUGGGAAAACGCAUAGCGCCGCGCUCGGGGUGGACGGCGCGGUGUACACGUGGGGAGGAAACGCGCGCGGGCAGCUCGGGCAAGGAGGGGUCGUCGGACGCGACGCGCAUACGCCAUCGCGCGUGCGCGCGUUACGGCGAAUCGCGUGCGUCGAGAUCGCGUGCGGCGGCGAGCACACGCUCGCGAUCGCGCGCGGCGGGUCCGUCCUCGCGUGGGGACGCGGGUCGUUUGGGCCCACGGGCGAGGGCGCCGUCGCGGACGUCGUGUCCCCGCGCCGCGUCGAGUAUUUCGGCGUGACGACGCGCGAGCCAGCGACGCGCGUCGCCGCCGGCGCGCGCCACUCCGUCGCGUCGACGACGACGGGCGCGGUCGUGACGUGGGGCGCGAACGACCGAGGGCAGCUCGGACGCGGCGCGCCCUCGAAGCACCCCAAUUAUGACGAUGACGACGACGGCGGCGACGGCGUCGACGUGCGCGGCGUCGCGCCCGUGAUCGGGCUGCCCCCCGGGCGCGAGGUGCUCUUCGUCGCCGCGUGGGGCGACGGCGCGACCGCGACGCUGGCGCCGACGAAUAGUGGGGCGCGGCCGGCGAGAACGGAAGAUCACGAAGGAGAUCACGGCGUCGCGUCGCGGCCGAUGACGCUCCCGCCGCUGCUCGAACUCGCGGAGACGGUCGCGGACGCGAGCGGCGGCGGCGACGGCGACGGCGACGACGAAGACGCCGCGAACGAGCUCGCGCCGGCGCUCGCGCGAGCCGUCGACGACGUCUUCUCCUCCGCGGGUUUCCUCGUCGAAGGCUUCGCGUCGCCGCGUCCGCCGGUGAGGACGCGCGACCGCGACGACGAGGCGGCGCGCGACCUCACCGACGCACUCGACAUCGUCUCCGUCGACGCGACGUACGACGCGCUGGUUCGCACCCGCCGCCCCGAGGUGGUGACCGCGCUCGCCGUCGCGCUCGCGCGUCUGCUCGACGACCUCGACGACGCCUUGACGCGCUAUUGGACGCGCGUCGACGAUGAAUUCGACGGCGUAACCGUCCCCGAUGAGGCGUUAUGUAAGGACGAGAUGUUGACGCUGACGCGCGCGGCGACGAUCGCGUGGCGGUCGCCGCUGAUGCGCGACGCCGCGUUCGGCGACGCGCUCGUCCCUCGUCUCGUCGGCGUCGUAAAAAAACUGCCGCCGUCGAUCGUUCGCGACGUCCUCGUCCCGUGGCUCGCCGUCCGCGACGGACGCCGCGCGGAGACGCACGAGUCCAAGUUCCUCGAUCCGAUUCGCGCGUGCGUCGAGCGGAGGGUGCGGCGUCGCGAGCGCGAGCGGAGCGAUCGAAACGAUCUCGUCGGCGCGUCGGCGUCGUCGUCUCGACGCGCGCGCGGCGUCGACGAGGUGGUCGCGUCGUGCGCGCAAGUCGUCGCGACGCUGCACGCGGCUAACGCGUUCGGCGCGGAGGCGCGCGGGACCGAGGCUAUGCUGCCGGAGCGCGCGUAUCACCUCGACGCGCUCAGCGACGCGAUCGACCUGAGGGAAGAGUACAUGCGAUGGAUCAAACUCGUGGAGGAGGAGGAGGAGGUGGCGCGCGAGGAGGCGGAGGAGAGGGCCGCCGCGGAGGUCGCGGCGGGGCGCGAGGACGGGGCCGAGGGCGACGCCGCCGCGGAGGAGAGACCGACCGCGCCGCCUCGUCGGGACCCGACGACGCUUCUUGACGCGUGUAGAACCGGCGUGGGGUACCCGCGGUGCGCGCGACCCGGCGGCCUCGCGUCGUUCUGCCAGAUUCCGUGCGUCUUAUCCCUCGAGGCGAAGAGCCGCGUGUUGCAGGGCGAGGCGAAUCUGCAGAAGCGGCACGAGAUGCGCGCGUCGCGCGACCGCCACCGCGGGGGGGAGAUCCCUUUCGGGUCGCACGACGCGAGCUUCCUCGAGAUCAGCGUGAACCGCGAGAGGCUGUUGCGCGACGCGACGAGAGCGGUCGCGUCGCGGUCGCCCGCGGAUUUGAAGAAGCCGAUGCGCGUGCGGUUCUCGUCCGACGGCGUCGAGGAGGAGGGCGUCGACGAGGGCGGCGUCACGAAAGAGUUCUUCCAGCUGCUCGUGCGAGAGCUCUUCUUACCACCGGAGAAGAGCUCGACGACGGGGGAUGCCGAAGAAGAAGAAGAAGAACGGUCCACGGGGACGGACCGUCCGACCUCUUCGUCUUCUUCUUCUUCUUCGGUGUUUACCGUGGACGAAGACAGCGGCCUGUUUUGGUUCCGCGCGGGCGCCGACGACGCGCCGUCGCUGUCGCGGUGCCGCCUCGUCGGCGCCGCGAUCGGCCUCGCCAUCUACAACGGCGUCACCUUGGACGUGCACCUGCCUCACGUCGCGUACAAGCGCCUGUUCGGACUCUCGCCGACGCUGGCCGACCUGCGCGAGCUCUCUCCGAGCCUCGGGAGAGGUCUCGAGGCGAUGCUGGAGAUGCGCGGCGACGGCGGCGACGACGACGACGAGGACGUCGAGGACGCGGUGUCGCGCGAUUUCGUGUACGAAUACGUCGACGCGCGCUCCGGCGCGGUUCGAUCGAUGGAGAUGAAACCGAACGGGUCGCGCGUCCCCGUGACGCGCAAAAACAUGCGCGAGUUCGUCGACUUGUACGUGAAGCACGCGCUCGACGUCGCCGUGCGCGCGUCGUUCGCCGCGUUCGCCGCGGGGUUCCACGGCGUCUGCGGCGGUCCCGCGUUGCACUUGUUCACGCCGCGGGAGCUGUCGCUACUCGUCGGCGGCGACCCGGUCGUGGACGUGGACGCGCUGCGACGCGUCGCGCGGUACGAAGGCGGGUUCGACGCGAAGACGCGAUGCGUGUCGUGGUUCUGGGAGAUCGUCGCGGAGGACAUGUCCGCGGAGCAGCGCUCGCGUUUACUGUUCUUUUGCACCGGGUGCGGGCGACCGCCGUGCGGCGGGACGUCGCGGCUGCCGUUCAUCGUGCAACGCUCGGGGCCGGACUCGGACCUGCUCCCGACCGCGCACACGUGCUUCAACGUGCUUCUGCUGCCGGAGUACGCGUCGAAGGAGAAGCUCAGGGAGCGGCUGGCGGUCGCGAUGGCGAACGCGGAGGGGUUCGGGUUGCAGUGAGGAAGGAGGACGGAUAGGUAAUAGGCUGGCGGACUUUUUUUUUCGUCGAAAUUGAUUGAACGAGCGGUUUCUUUCUC